AUUUUUUAUUCAUUGCAUAAAACAUUUAUGUAAUAAUAAUAACAAUAAUAAUAAUAAUAAUAAUAAUAAUAAUAAUGAUAAUAAUAAUAAUGCAUCAUUUGCUAGCAGGUUAACGUAACCAUGCAUGUGCGUCAUCUACUUAAGAAAACCAAUUUAUCAACAAUUUCUUAGACAUUUAUUUUUCACAUAAUUCAUCGCGUGAGUUAGAUUACGAGUAGGACACUUUUUCCUUCGUACAUACAUGCUUUAUAUGCUCUAGGGAAAUUGCUAGAUUAUUUGAACUUUGUGUAUAGUGUAUAAGUUGGUUAAGUGUAAAGAACUAGUGAAUACUGAAAUAACAAUUGCAAUUUGCAAUGUGAUGUUAAAGUUAUUAGAAUAUAUUUAUCAAUGUUUAAUUUGGAAAUGAACGUUGAACCGUAAAUAAAUAUCAUGACAAUUCUUUCCAAAGUAACUGUUUGCUUGGUAUUUUGUGAAACUAACUAUACUUCAAUAGAUAUAUAUUGAUAUGUUGUACAUAACCUUAUAAUUUCAAGAGGUUAUGUUGUGAAGUAGAUUAUUUUCUGCUAAGUUGACGGUGUUUUAAAUAAAUUACUUCUUAACGAAUUUGAAAAAAAUGGCGUAUUUGACAAGAAAAGAAAUAGAUGAAAUGAAACCACAAAUUGAGAAAGCAGUGCAUAAAUUUCUUGGUUUUGGGGAACCUGCUAUCGUAACUACGGCUGUCAACUGUAUUACCUCUGGUUAUGAUAAACGUAAAACGGCAGAUAAAUUGUCUGCUUUACUGGAAGAUAAAAAGGCUUCAAAAUUAACUGAAAAAAUAUUUGCGAUCUAUGAUGAUGCCAAAGCAGCGCAAAAGAGUAAGAAACGAAAUCAUGUGGAAGAUAAAGAUAAAGAAAAAGAAGCAAAAAAACCUAGAUUUAGAGAUGAUGAAGUAAAAAAUGAAAAAACAACAGAAGCACAAUUGUCUGCGGACAAGAUACGACAAAUGAUGGCUAAUGCUCAAAGAGAAAUUGAAGAACGAAAAAGGGCAUUAAAGGCUAUAAAACAAGAAGAGAUAGCACCAGUAAAACCAUUACUUAAAACACGAGAUUCAAUACCAACAGUAGGUAGCAUGUAUAACCAAGGUCUUUUAAGUAAAACAGAUUCUGACAAAGCACGUAAAAUUGCUGCAUUACAAGCUCAAAUCAGAAGUAAACUGAGCUCUGGAUUACUUGGUAAUGUCAGUGUACCUGACAAACCAACUCCAUUAAUCUUGGAUGAAUCAGGACGAACAGUAGAUAUAACUGGCAAAGAAGUACAACUUACACAGGUGGUGCCAACAUUAAAGGCCAAUAUUCGAGCAAAGAAGCGAGAAGAAUUUAAAGCACAAUUGCAAGAAUCUAAAGGGCCAGAAGAAAUUCAAGACACACAUUUUUUUGACACUAGGAUAGGUGUAAAACCAGCAGUACGUGGAAAACGUACACUAAAAUUUCAUGAACCAGGAAAAUUUCAACAGUUGGCAGAAAGAAUUCGUAUGAAAGCCCAACUCGAAAAGUUACAAAAUGAAAUUAGUCAAAUCGCAAGAAAAACUGGUAUAAGUUCAGCAACUAAAUUAGCACUUAUAGCACCGAAAACUGAAGCUCUUAGCGAAGAUGUGCCUAAUGUGGAAUGGUGGGACUCUGUUAUACUAAGUGGAGGAUAUCCAAACGAAGAUGAGCCUACUGGAAUCAAAAGUUCCACUAUUACUAAUCUCGUAGAACAUCCUACGCAAAUGCGCCCACCGACUGACCCAUUAAAACCAAUAUAUAUGCCUGUAUUUUUAACAAAGAAGGAACGUAAAAAAUUACGUAGGCAAAAUAGGCGUGAAGCUUGGAAAGAGGAGCAAGAAAAAAUUCGAUUAGGACUUGAACCACCACCAGAACCAAAAUUACGAAUUUCAAAUCUUAUGAGAGUAUUAGGUACAGAAGCCGUCCAGGAUCCAACAAAAAUAGAAGCUCACGUUCGACAGCAAAUGGCUAAAAGAUUAAAAGCGCAUGAAGACGCCAAUGCAGCUCGGCGAUUAACCGCUGAUCAGCGGCGUGAAAAGAAGGCAAGGAAACUUAAGGAAGAUACUACACUUGGUGUACACGUGGCUGUUUACAGAAUACGUGAUCUUUUGAAUAACGCUUCAAAAAAGUUUAAGGUAGAAACGAAUGCAAAACAGCUUUACCUCACAGGUUGUGUGAUGCUCUUCCGUGAUUGCAACGUUGUGGUAGUAGAGGGUGGGGCGAAACAAUUAAAUAAAUAUAAACGAUUAAUGAUGCAUCGCAUUAAGUGGGAAGAAGAUACUAUAAAGGAUAAUGAUGGGAACGAUGUGCCCAACAAAUGUGUUCCUGUAUGGGAAGGUACUAGCAAACAACGUCAUUUCGGUGAAAUUAAAUUUAAAGUUUGUCCAAUCGAAAAAAUGGCUCGCGAGCACUUUAAAAAGCAUCAGGUCGAGCAUUACUGGGAUUUAGCUUAUAGCGGAGCUGUUCUUGAUAAUACGGACGAUAUUCCAAUUCGCAGAUUCCUCGUCGCGUUCGUGAUUGUCGAGAGCGCGACCCUACCGUCGAACAUGUUACUGGAUCUGAAUAAGCGUACAAACGUUUCGAUGCAAAAGUACCAUCAGGCAGAGCAAGCGAUCCUGAACUCGCACACGCAUUUAAAUCAUGGGUCCCCGUCGUACUUUCUCAGCACGUCCCACGAAAUAACUGAACACGCACAAAAUCUGUCGAGGAGAGCUCUACGGAUCGAAGCAAUGGCGACAAUGCUGGUGGAAGCUCUGAACAUGUCCUCGAGAGAGGCGUCCUCCGUGUUACCUUCUGUCGCAGCCAUUAAUUGUCCUGACUCGUCUACUUUUUUACAAGUGAUGGCCAGUUGCAAACAAUUCGAUUCUCAAUACAGAACGCAUAGUGGAAGGUGUAACAACGGCCUACACCCAACUUGGGGCGCCGCUCUGGAACCUUACAUUAGGUUACUACCUCCUGAAUACAUGGACGGUGUUUCCUUACCACGUACAGACUUGCCCAGCGCCAGGGAAGUCUCUUUAAAAGUACAUUCUGGGGGAUUAGACGUUAAACACCCGUAUUUGAUGGCGCUCACCGCGCUGUUCGGCCAGUUUUUAGUUCACGAUCUUGCUCACACACCUAAGAUGGAACUGCCCGACGGUGCGAAACUCAAAUGUUGCAAUGUGGAUUAUGAGCAUUUUCAUCCGGAAUGUUUUCCCAUCCGUGCUGAUAAUGCUGUGGGGUGCAUGGAAUACUCGAGGUCAGCACCACAUCCUGGAAACUCAUUUCAGGGAUGCAAAUUGGGUCCUCGGCAGCAGAUCAACCAGGCGUCUUCGUAUUUAGACCUUUCCCCGGUUUAUGGAAGUUCCGAAGACGUAGCGAAAGCUCUGCGAUCCGGGAAGGGCGGUUUGCUUAAUACGCAGAGGAAGAAUUUGCCCAUGCCUUCGCCGAAGUACGAAAGUUGCAGAAGCGCGAACAAAGCUUUCCCAUGUUUUCUUAGCGGAGAUUCGCGAGUAAACGAGAAUCCCGGUCUCACUCUAAUGCACGUACUUUUUCUACGGGAACAUAACCGAGUCGCUACAGAGCUGGGACAACUGAAUCCUCACUGGGACGACGAGAGACUCUACCAGGAAGCAAGAAGGAUCGUUAUCGCAGAAAUGGAGCAUAUAACUUAUAACGAAUUUCUGCCUGUUGUUCUCGGCGAAACAGCCCUCGACAAGUACCAGCUACGUUUAACGCAUCGAGGCUACUUUCGCGGUUAUGAUACUCGAACGGACGCGACACUCGCGAAUUCUGUUGCGUCGGCUGGACUCUUCUUCAUCGCCGCGUUGACCCCAAAAACCCUCGACCUAGUUGACUCACGAUCGGCAUUAAAGUCUGGAGAAAGAUCCUUAUUAUCGGCCUUCUAUGCUCCACAGGAGUUUUAUGAAGCAGGAGCUAUCGAUCGCUUGAUCGUUGGUGCUACAGCGGGACAUUCUAGGAGGCCUUUACCGCCAGGAUUGAAUGAAAUCCUUUUGGAACGAUACUUUCAUGAUGGAAAAAGCAACGAUAUUGCUGUGGAUUACGCUGCACAACUCAUACAACAAGGACGGGAUCAUGGCUUGCCACCUUAUUUCAGAUGGCGAUCAUUCUGUGAUUUACCAGAUAUUAACAGCUUUGAAAGCCUUAGAGGAUCGAUGACCAAAGAUACUAUAGAGAAACUUCGGGCUGUAUAUAAAAAUGUACAGGACAUAGAUUUAGUGACAGGAGCACUGUCCGAAGCAACUGUAUCUGAUUCUGUUCUGGGACCAACGUUUCUUUGUUUACUGGGUCGUACUUUCCGAAAUAUUCGUUUUGGUGACAGAUACUGGUUCGAAAAUGCGAAUACUCCAGGAUCAUUUACGUUAAAUCAAUUAGAAGAAAUUCGAAAAGUUACAAUGGCACAUGUUUUGUGUUAUAAUGGCGAUAGAUUGAAUUUGAUGCAACCUAAGGCGUUUCUUCUGCGAGAUCGUUUCUUAAAUGAUGUGAUAAACUGUACGAUACACACGAAUGCCUCACCGAAUCUUUCAGCUUGGAAAGAGAAUAAGGUUUCGUAACUUUUACUUUAAUAUGCACAUGAUAAUAUGUCCGUGAUUGUACAUAACAAAUAUUAAUUUUAACUAUUAUUAAUUGAAGACGUAAUUGUUUAUAUUAAUUGACGUUGUUCCUUACUGUAGGAAAAGUAGAUACUGCACUAUUUUUAAGACAUAUUCAAAA